AAUCUGGUUAAACUUUACCCCGGUAUGGAGAAUGAGCGGAGGGGAGGGUUGAAGUGUGUGUAGCUGAGUGUGUUGGGGAUUGUAUAUCUGUGUGUCUCUUUGUGUGUGUGGACAGACUCCGCAGGUUCGUGUAGAAACAGCAGGAAUCCGCAGGGAUGUGUUGGUUGCUGUGGGUGCUCGGCACCUUGCUGGCUCUCUUCUGCAGCCUGGAUGUGUGGUACUUCCUCCGAAUGGCGGCGGUGAUCGCCCGGUCCUGGUUCCAGCCUACGAUCUCGGAUGUCACAGCUGAGCAGGUGGUGACAGGCCGGGUCACUUCCAAUGACAUCACAGGGUGCCACAUGAACAACGCUCGUUACCUCCGCGAGUGCGACUUCGCCCGCUUCUCUCUCUACACACGCAACGGCGUGUUCAAGGCCGUGCGAGCCCUCAGAGCUUCGAUGAUGGUGGCGGCCACCACCAUCCGCUACCGAAGGGCUCUGUGUACCGGUGAGGGCUACGAGCUGCGGAGUCAGAUCGUUACUUGGGACGACAAAGCCUUUUACCUGGAGCAGAGAUUUGUGUCAAAGAAAGACGGCCUGGUGUGUGCCGUCAUGUACUGCAAGCAGAGUGUGAUCCGCUGCAGCCCGGACCAGAUCAUGCAGCAUCUUUGCAAGAGGAAGGUGCAGUGCCCUGAGUUUCCAGAGGACCUUCAACACUGGGUCAACUUCAUCUCAGCCAGCAGCCAGGCCCUCAGGGCAGAGAGCGGACUGGAGGACAAGAACAAAUAAAGCUGUGAACAGUUUGGUGUUCUGUGGGGCAGCUUAUUAACAGGAUUCAAAGUCUUCUGAGAGAAAUAUUUGCUGCUGCUGGCUACUUGACUGUAACACGCUUGUGCCUACUUCACUCUUAAUCAGAAUCAGAAGUAUUUUAUUGCCAAGUAGGUUUACACCUACAAGGAAAUUUGCUCUGGUAAUUGGUGCUUACAAUUAACAUAGAAACAUUAAAACGCAAUAACAUAAAAACGCAAUAAAUACAACAUACAUAGGAAAAGCAAUAAAAAUAGAAAACCAGUAUAUAUUUACUCACUGUUUACUUCUUAUUUACUCACUUUUUUCCAAUAUCUAUACAAAUUAACAUAAAUUUUGACAUAAACAAAUAUAGAGCUUGACAACACUAAAAGAAA